AUGUCGACCAACCUCCUCUGGCCGACGAAGCUUUUCUUCUAUCCUGUUGGGAACACAGCCGCCAUCUGCCUCACGCAAGAUCUUCCUCCAGGGCAGGCGGCGGACGUGCUUCUCCUAGGCUGUGGUGAUCCCCGGAACAUACUCUACACACUGUUCGCGGAUCUUAAACCCGACAGUCAAGGUGACAGACAGCUCGAUAUCACCUGUUGUGAUCACGAGCCAGCCAUAUUGGCUCGCAACAUCGUGCUCUUCACCCUCAUCACCGACGGGAAGGAGUCCGAUUUCAUCUUCAAUAUCUUCUACCAUAUAUUCAUCGAUGAUCAGUCUGUCGAUCUCCUUGCACGUCGAAGCCGCCAACUCGCGGAUGCUUCGACGAGUAUGGAGGCGUGGUCAAAAUCAGAGUAUGGAUCGUACAUGCACAUCCUUGCAUCGCACACGCUGUCAGAACUCCACCACUUGUGGAGUCUCUAUGCGGGGUUCGUGCGCCUUGACUCAAGCCGGAUUGCGACACUUCGCCGCGAUUUCAAGAACUUGGCUCGACGCCAAGAGUCUGGCGUCAACAUGUCCGCGCUCCGCUCUGCGGGCCCCGUGUUCAUGGAGGCUGCGGAAGCUGUAUGGGAGAUGGAAGCGCAGUUUUGGAAGACGGGAACUACAUUUUCGUCAAAUGAAGCCCUCGAUGGAGCGAAGAACGUGAACCCCCUUUUCGCGUAUUCCCGCCAGGGAGAGACCAUUAAUCCCCACUACGGCACGUUCCCUCCCCAGGGGUUUCACCUAUUCGAUGCCUUCGCGCCAGUCUCACCAUCUCCGAACAUCUCCUGGGAGAAGGGCGACGUGCGGGCCUCAAUACUAGCACAGUUUCGAUGCUGGAGUGAUUCGUUCAGGGCGAGGGUCCAGGACAAAACAUCUUCGAAGUUGUUCCUUCGAUUUUACACAGGAGAUGCCCUACUGUUUUGUCGUGCACUCGAAUAUCGCGCCCGGACCGGCGAUAGCACCCCCGCCUUACCCGUUGGUCUCUGGAGUUCUGGGGAACUUAUCUUGCUUGCCGAUCGCUCUUCGACACCGUCCUCUCCCGCUUUCCCCUGCAAAUUCGACGUUAUCGACUCGUCUAACUUAAAUGACCAUUUGGGCCUCGUCAACGUCCUUACAGUCACGCAACCGCUCAUGAAGGAAGACAGUGGUAGCAAGGCAGUACUAUACACAGAGACUCUCCUCCAGCAUUCUGACGAACCAAGCGUCGGGCUUCGCAACGCUUUAGGAGUCGAUAUCACAGCUAUGGCUCUCUUGGUGGGCCUUUCUCCCCGCCCCUGCCUGACGGGGUUCUCGACCCAGUCCUGUGCACACGAGUUGCUUGUCCAUGAGUUUGGAGAGAUGCUUCGGACGGAGACACAAAAUCGCACAAGCCAGUUCCACGAACGCCUGGUUUGGGUUAACCCUGCGCACGGGGACAUGUCCAACGCCGAGAUUCCCACUCCGUGUUUUAGUGUGAUCCCCCUCGCCCAACUUCUUUUCGAGGUCUACACGAAUAUGUUCGAUAAUGAAUGCCUGACCAGUAUCAUGGCCGCCCGCUCCCGCUUGGCGCUCGAGCGUCUGCAUAGAGAUCACUACGGGCGCCACUCCUUUGUCACGUUGUUAGCAUUGCUACGUCGACGACUCAUCAUCCAGGACGGCACCUGGGGGGACGUCUUCGGGUCGCUAUUGAAUUUAGUUGAACGCGAUCCCCACUGGUGGAUUCGUUCUUCCUCUUACCAGGAACUCUGCCUUCAACUACAUCUCUUCGGCCUCUACACGGUCGACCCUUUGACCUCACGAUGGCGCGAAUUGGCCAUGUCGCACCCGCCCAUGAGCUUGUUUAAGGAUUGGAAAGAUGUCGGGCCAGUCGUAUGUAUCGCCCUCACAGUCCCGAGGUCAGCGUUGCUGCCAUUGAUCGAGCUUGGCGACUCCUCGCCGACAAUCAUGGUGCAGCUUUGGUCCGGGAUGUACGUGAACGCCUUCUUGGCUAUUAACGCAGUCCCAGGAAGGAUCGUCGACUCUCCGGGUGGACAGCAUUGCGCGGUCAUCGCUGAAGAUCCGAGAGGACUGAAGGAUGCUUCCCAUGUCGUAUUCACGUUUUGGGCGCCGACGUGGAUAGUCGUGGCUGCGGGCCUCACCGUAGCGCUCUGCCUAAAGCCCAACCCUAUCAUCAGCGUCAAGUUCGUGAAGUCCCUCGGUAUAGAACUUGAACUGUUUAGCGCCCCUGUGAACGACAGUACGCACGUGAGGGUCCUCCGGAACCGGCCCAAUUGCACGAACGAACUGGAGAAGGUUGCAGUCAGCGCUCGCGAUCACACUCGGAGGGCGUCUUCGUACAGCAUCAUCGUCGGAAUGGAACAGAACGAGGUCAAAAAGCUGACGGGACAUAUACCUAUCUCGGACGUAGGCGUGGGUCAAGCGCUGGGGAAUGGUGCUAUCGUGGCCGCAAAACAGCAAUCGCCCUGCACGAUGAUGAUUUCCGUCGGGGUGUCCGAUUUUUCCAUCAAGUUUCCGUAUCCCGUGGAUGGGUCCAAGAUGAGAUUGCGUGUAGCAAGAAAGUCCCGCUACGUAGAGGUCGUGGUUCCUCCUUGUGGCGCAUUAGGUGGAGGUGGAUAUGCUUUGAACCCGUUUCCCGUCGCCGGAAGGACCUCAUGGAGCGUUCAUCAAAUCGCCUUGGAUCGUUUGACCACCCUGGACGUGUCCAAUCGGAAGAUGUUGAUGCCAUGGCUCGAGCAGCUCCUUGCCGUACAGCUAUCCAACCGCGAGCGCGCCUCUGAGUCUUCGCCAAAGACAGAGGCCGUAGCGUCCGAGGUGCUUGGAGAGGUGAAGACGACCAUCAAUUCGUUCUUCGCUGAGUACUGCGGCAUGAAAGGGCCGAAGCGCCGCGUCUUCGCAAUUGCCGAUUCCGAGGUCGGAAAUCUCUACAUGUUCGUUUUCGUCGAUCGGAUCCGGAUUGACUCGGCCGCGUUCACUGUCGUAAUAGACGGCGCUAUCCUCCCUGUGAAUCGCGAAAACGCGGCGGGCGUGUUGCGGGCUUAUGGUGUUUUCACCCGCCAUCCCGGAAGCGUUACGACAAGGAUCCACACGUCGCGUGCGGAAGAGGUGAUGUGGAGGAAGAUGCUUCCUGCGCUCGUGGAACGGUGCAGGACGUGGGAGCACGGACCGAAUUGCGAGUACAUUGCCAGCGGUCGAAUUCCGUUGAGCGACGAACCGGGCGGGCCGACCAUUUGCAACUGCGGACGAGAUCGUCACCUUCCCAAGGGCCUCCAGAGCCAGGACAACCUGCGAGCUCUACUGCGACACGCCACACGGGUCGCAAUCUCUCCUCUGUACGCGAUGCCGUACGUGGAACCCGUCAGCGUCAUGCGCGCAGGAGCGUUGCAGGACGCUCGGGGUACUAGGGAUGACGCUUGCAUAGCAUGUCAAGGGCCUGGAAAGCCGAGGCUACUCAUUUGUAGCAGGUGUAAGAAGGUGCGCUACUGCUCACCUGAGUGCCAGAGGAAGGACUGGAAGGCGGGGCACAAGCUGUUGUGCGAGUCAACAAAGUAG